AGGCAUUCGGAGGCUAGCUAUUCUAGCCACUGCGUUUGCGCCGCUGCGAGGGCGGGGCGUGGCUGACAAGGUCGUGCCCCCGGGUUGCGGAGCUUGACGCUCUGGGGUUGCCAGGGUGACGGGGAUACAACAUGGUGCGCUGACAGCUCUGCCGUGGGGAGGGGGGUCUGGAGCGUCUGAGAGGACUCGCGUCCUCGGCCCCCACCCACCCCCUCCCCACCCGGAGGAGACCCGCGGGAAGAGCGAGCGGAGGAUGAACAGUAAGGGGUCUGCGGAGAUCAGCCCAUUGGGUGCGGAAUACAAAACAAUUGGUAAAAUUGGUGAGGGAACAUUUUCUGAUGUUCUGAAGAUACAAAGUCUAAAAGAUGGACGAUAUUAUGCAUGUAAACAAAUGAAACAGCAUUUUGAAAGUAUCGACCGUGUGAACAACCUCAGAGAAAUACAAGCAUUAAGGCGACUGAAUCCACACCCAAAUAUCCUUACGUUGCAUGAAGUGAUUUAUGACAAGAAAGCUGGUGCGGUUGCAUUAAUAUGUGAACUUAUGGACAUGAACGUUUAUGAACUGAUCAAAGGGAGGAAAAAGCCACUGCCCGAAAAGAGAAUAAUGCAUUAUAUGUACCAGUUAUGCAAGUCUCUUGAUCACAUGCACAGAAAUGGAAUAUUUCACAGAGAUGUGAAACCAGAAAACAUAUUAAUAAAGCAGGAUCUUCUGAAACUAGGAGAUUUUGGAUCCUGUAGGAGUACACAUUCCAAACAGCCCUACACAGAAUAUAUCUCUACCCGCUGGUACAGGGCACCCGAAUGUCUUCUCACGGAUGGCUACUAUAGUUACAAAAUGGAUAUGUGGAGUGCUGGCUGUGUGUUCUAUGAAAUUGCAAGUUUCCACCCACUCUUUCCUGGAUCUAAUGAACUGGACCAAAUAUCAAAAAUUCAUGAUAUUAUAGGUACCCCUCCUAAGAAGAUUCUUAAUAAGUUCAAGCAGUCAAGAGUGAUGAGCUUUGAUUUUCCCAUGAAGAGAGGAAAAGGAAUCUCUCCACUUAUGCCUAAUGUGUCCAACAAAAGCCUAACGCUUAUGUAUGCAAUGAUACAAUAUGACCCUGAUGAGAGAAUAGAUGCCCAUGAAGCACUACAGCAUCCUUACUUCAGAGAGCUGAGGUCAGCAGACACUCUUAGGUUGGCAGAGAAACAAGCUUUGACCAUGCGCAGAAAAAUGAGAUUAGCAGAAAACCCAUUAGAAAGGGACUGUAUCAGCUUGCGGCGUAUUUCAAAGGAGGAUCAAAGGCAGAACCUUCUUAGGAGAGCCCAGAAGAAUCCACUGGGACUUCAUGGACCUCCCUAUGCAGUUGAGUUGCCAAAGCUGACUAUUCCUGCAGUAACCAACUUGACUUCUUACUCUAAUCCUACAUUUCAGUCAGUUUUUACUUUACCAGCAAGCAACCAACAACUCCAGGUGUUGCAGCCUAUAACAUAUUUUGGGACACAUCGCAAGUCUGAAAAACAGAAGGAUUUUAAAUCUCCUGUGAAACAGUACCACUUGCCUGCUCUGGAAAGAAGAGGUGGAGGAUAUUGAUAGACUCAGAAUCCCUUAUGCUCUCCUCAUUCUCAAAAAGUGGUACACCAGCUGCAGACAGUAGACAUCUAUAUCAGCAGAAGCACUAGAUUUCCAAACAAAACUAGAAGUGAGAAACCUUUCAUAGAACCAGAAAGACUCGUGGAUAGUACAAGGAGCACAUACCAAAUAUCAGUCAUGUCUACAGAUAAUUGUGGGACACACAGAUGGUACAAGAAUAGCCAAGACCUUACCUUGUAAAGCUUGAACUGACGGUUGCAGAGGUAAUUUUUCCAGAAAAGCCCAGUCAUCUUCAAGGAAGCAUGAAUCAAAACAAAUCCACAUAAAUUUUACACUACAGAAGUGGUGUAUUUCUUCUGUGCGUGGUGACAAUACUCAGAGGCAUUUGGGUGACACUGCAAAGUUUCAUUCUUGCUGUAAGCAGAAGUGAAACAUAACUUUAAAGCAGUAUCAGGAAAAUGAUGUACAACCAUUAGCACCUUGCAAAUGGUUUUAUUCAAAUGCAGAAUGCUGGACACAAGUUCCUGGGAUGUUCUGCUUUAAGAAUGCAGAUACUGCUGUCAGGGAGAUUAAUUAACUCCAGUGAAAUAGAAACAGCAGAGGGUUCUAAAUAUUAGAAGCUAGUCAGACUGAUUUCCAUAGCAAGUUCAUGAAAGGCUGUUAAUCUCAACUGGUAUUUUAAAUGAAUUAAGAUUGAAGCCCUUGAGCCAGGCUCCACUCACCCUGUGAAAAACAGCCAAGCGUCGACUCUUCAGAUUUCUGAAGGCUCCCUCUGACAGUCACAGAAAGUUGGAGGGUCUUAAUAUCCAUUUAACAUUUUUUAUUAUGUAAAAGCCGAGACUGAAGCCAGCUAAUCAGAGACUGAAGCCUUUUGGAAGCAAGAGGAUUGAACCUCCCUGGCUAGCUGAUUACAUAUUCUCAACGCCCCCCUUCCCUCUUGAAUAAAACAGUAAGUCAUGCAACCUGUGCUAUCACAUGCAUCCCCCCCUCCCCUCGCUCUUUGCACUGGUGCCUCUGAAGUUCCUCCUCCUUGUCCCUUAGUUUUGGGGACUCAUCUGGCAGCUGCUUUUUAGAAUGGGGUGGGAAAGUUUGCUGCUCCUUUAAGUAUGCCUUGACAAGUUACAUUAACAUGGUAGUACACACAUGUGCAAAGUAUUUGUAUGGUUUGCAGUAUGCUGAAGGUAAUGUAACACCACAAGAGGCAAGAGCUGAAAGGCACAAAAAGGUACUUCAGUGCGAGGCAAUAUAUGUUCAGCAGAUGCAUGCAAGUGUAGAAGAAUGUGGUACUGGGACAGAUUUCAGCUUCCAGAUCUUACUGCUGCAGAAAUUAGUUUGGUGAUUUUAGGAACCAGAGGGGAGCAACAGAAUGGGAUUUCCUGGGGUAAGGGAGGAGCUCUGCACAACUGCCUGUCCAUCCCCAUGAACAAAAGAUGAUACAGAGGGUGCAAAAAAAAUUAACAAGUUCACUUACUAAUUAUUCAGGAGAUAGUAUUUGGCUUUUCUUGUGUGGAUGUUUAUAUUUAGCACAGUAAGCAAAGCCCCAAUGCUGGUGGCCUGUAGCAAUUGGAAAGUCGUCGUGUGUCCAGCAAUACAUUUCAGAUCUACUUGCCAAGAACCAAAAGGAUUAUAAUUCAUAUUUCAAAAAACUUUUCAUGUUUGCCCUCUAAAGAAUUCCAUUAGACACAUGCAAUAGCAUACAUGUGUACAGGGGAACUUGGUGUGUUUGUUGGCGGGGGGAGGAACCCCUCGCACAAGGAUCAGAGUUCUUCAGCAACCAGAAUGUACACCCCUUCCAUCUCAAAGCUUUAGUUCAAGUACUCCACAUGGACAGCCAAGAAUUGUGCACCCAGAAGGAAAUCUUACCAAAGUUGGUGGGAAAUAAAAAAUACUCUUCAACCCCCAA